AUAUACUUUAAAAAGCUAUCGCAUUUUAUAAAAACACGUCAUCCAAUUUCAAAAUCUUCCAUUUUCCUCUCUCUGUUCUCUUCUCGCUGAGAUUUUAUCGUGUGUUGGUGUUGCAGAUAAACACGACCCUCGAUUCGCGUGUCUGAAUUCUCGUUUUUGUCUUUUCCUUUUCUUCUCCUUCUCUGGGAUUGUAUUUCAGAGAGGGGGGAGGGAGAGAGAGAGAGAGAGAGAGGGAGGGAGGGAGGGAGGGAGGGAGGGAGAGAGAGAGAGAGAGGAAAAAUGCCGGCGUUUCUCCACGCCGGAUUCCCGAUCUUGGCGGUGGUCUUGCUGUUGCUGUCGUCGACGGUGGUCUACUGUGCAUUUCCGGCGAGCCUGACGCUGGAGCGGGCGUUUCCGGCUAGCCGGAGCGUGGAAUUGGAGGCGCUGAAGGCCCGAGAUCGGAGUCGGCACGGACGGCUCUUGCAAAGCGCUGCUGGAGUUGUUGAUUUUCCCGUCGAAGGUUCCUCCGAUCCCUUCACCGUUGGGCUUUAUUUUACGCGAGUGAAAUUGGGUUCCCCUCCAAAGGAAUUCUAUGUGCAGAUUGACACGGGAAGCGACAUCUUGUGGGUGACCUGCAAUGGCUGUGAUGGUUGCCCCAAAUCCAGCGGACUUGGUAUCACUCUCGAGUCUUUCAACCCGGAUGGAUCGUCAACAGCUUCGGUGGUUUCUUGUUCGGAUGAGAUAUGCUCUUCUGCAAUUCAAACUACGGAAGCCGGCUGCGCUUCACAGUCUCCGAGUUCCCAGUGCAAUUAUUCAUUCCAGUAUGGUGAUGGCAGCGGAACGGCAGGGUAUUAUGUGUCCGACACAUUGUUCUUCGACACGGUCGUCGGGGAUGACGUGACUGCCAAUUCUUCGACUUCUAUUGUUUUCGGGUGUAGCGUCUCUCAGACAGGGGACUUGACAAAGCCUGACAGGGCAAUUGAUGGCAUAUUCGGAUUUGGGCAACACGACCUUUCUGUGAUCUCACAGCUAUCUUCGCGAGGGAUAGCCCCGAAAGUCUUCUCUCAUUGCUUGAAAGGCUCAGACAAUGGAGGCGGCAUAUUGGUUCUUGGCGAGAUUGUGGAACCGGGUAUCGUUUAUACUCCACUUGUCCAGUCACAGCCUCAUUAUAAUUUGAAUCUGCAGAGCAUUGCUGUCAAUGGGCAAACAUUGUCCAUUGAUCCAGCAGUGUUUGCAACAUCAAGCAAUCGGGGAACCAUAAUUGAUUCUGGCACAACUUUGGCAUACCUCGCAGAAGAAGCCUAUGAUCCAUUUGUGAAUGCAAUAACUGCUGCUGUGUCACAAUCUGUGCAUUCCUUUCUUUCUAAAGGAAAUCAAUGUUUUUUGAUCUCCAACAGUGUCGAUGAGAUAUUUCCUUCUGUGACGCUAAACUUCCAGGGUGGUGCAGCUUUGGUUCUAAGACCUGAAGACUACCUUCUGCAGCAGGGUUCUGUUAAUAAUGCGAUAUUGUGGUGUAUAGGCUGGCAGAAAGUUCAGGGUCAAGGAAUCACAAUCUUAGGAGACCUUGUUCUAAAAGAUAAGAUCUUUGUUUAUGAUCUGGCUGGUCAGCGCAUAGGGUGGGCCAACUAUGAUUGCUCAUUAGCUGUGAACGUCUCAUCUACAUCAUCUGGAAAGAACGAGUUUGUCAACACCGGUCAGCUCAGUGUUAGCAGUGCAGCCCUGCAUGCGGAUUUCUAUUACAAGACGAUACUGGCUAUUAUCAUUGCAGGUUUCCUUUCUCUUAACUUCGUGUUCAAAUUCGCUCGGUUGUAGUGCUGUUUGUUAUGCGUCCUCCCAUUCUUUAUUUGACUUGAUGAGAAAAUACUGUCAUGCUGAUUUAUUUAUGGCCAUUGGUAGGGAUGGGGCAUCUGUAAAUUUGUUGUACAAGGACCAUUUGUAUUACAUCAUAUCAUAGUUUCUUCAGGGCGUUUCCCCCCCUUUAAAAAAAAUAUUUUGGUUUGGAGGCGGCU